AUGGUGGAGAUUCUGUGGGAUCAGCAUCCGACCUGCGCGGACGCGCAGUGGUGGGUGGAUGAAGAUAGUGAACAGGAUGAACAGCGAAUGGUUGCACGACGACGUUUCAGCUAUGAAAAUAUCGAUGGAGUAGGCGAUGAUGCAAGCAGCGACAGCCGCGGGCGCACGGAUCACGACAGUACUGAUGAAAUUAGUAAGAAUGAAGAGGAGUCAUCUUUCGACGAGUUUAACGGAGAUUGUGAGUCUUCGCAGCACACCGAUGUAGCGGGUGCCAGUGAUGAUGAUGGCACUGGUAGUCGACCACUUCUCGAGGAUGAUGCUCUUGAUGAUGACGAAGAAGAAAUCUUCGACGGGCUUUCCUCAUCACAAGAACAGCAGCUCCAGGAUGCCACCAAAUCGUUGUUCAUAAAUGCCGACUUUGACGCUGUUGCUUCGCGGAGAAAUACAAAUCCUUUUCUUGUAUCUGCUUCGGAUGAAACUCCCAAGAUUUCCCCGAUAAUGGAACAGCCUAUGCCUCCUGUUACUGUAACUUCGACAUGGAUCGGUAAGGAGAAUGCUACGGUUGCUCCAGGAUUUGUCGAAGUGCAGCCAACAUACUUCCCACCUAGGUUCGUUCCUCCACCUCCCAAUCCCGUUAGCUAUACAUAUGCUCCCGCUACUCUUCCGCGCCAGUCAACUCCAUUAACAGCAGCACCCCGUACUGUACCGAGGCUACCCAUCCCCAUGGACACCAUGUUAAUGGACUCAUCUCGAACAAUGCCCUCUGUACCUGUAAUCCCUACACAACCUGUGAUUUCUCAUUCGUUUUAUCAGACGCCUGCGUCGAUACAUGUACCAGCACCUGGUCCUAUCUUCACAAAUGUCCCUUCCACUUUUGUUGAACCGGCUCCUCCUCCGCCCAUCCCUCUCAAGCCUUCCUUCCCCGCCUUUAGCGAACAUACUGAGGACUUGAAACCAAAUCCUCCUUGCACAGUCAAAAGCGUCGUUCCCGAUUUCAUUGAAGGUCCCAAAACACCGAAGCCGAAGAAGAGCAAGGAGAAAGACAAGAAACGGUGA